UUGACCUUCCAAGCAAGUAGAACAGUACAAAGCCUGUUUUACUAUCAGCCUAUUGCUAAGAAUCUUCUUGGGAAGAGCCUCGGCCUACUGUUUCUCGCCUGGCGCAGUUCAGGCUCGAUCCAAGUAUGGCACAAAACACGCAGAGCUAUGGCUGGCACAACCGGUCAUCACACCCUUUGCAGUCGCCUUCAAUAGGAGCUGAUCAGCAGCUAUACUCGCCUCCGCCGACGCUUCCGCCGGCUGGUUUUGCAGUCGGCUACAACCCCCAACAGAGCUCGCAAAGCUACUAUCACCCAGCAUCCUCUUCGCAAUAUCUCUCACAACCGAAUCUUCCACAUGAUCGACACUGGCCUAGAAGUUCUGCUCUACCACACACCUUCCCUUCCCUUUCGGGGAGCCCUCCAGCGCUUCCAGAUCAUGGAUAUGCUUCAUCUCCAUCAUACAUGCCCCAGCAAUCAAAUUACAUGCUGAGCCAAAGUCCCUUACUUCCGCCACAUCCGAACCCAUUGUCCGUCAGUCCUCCAGCGCACAUUGUGGGGCCCGCAGAGUCGUUAUAUUCAUCUCCCGAAUCCGUCCCUGCAUCCUCAGACGUGGACCGCCAAGUACGAGUAAUCAGCUCUCGGCCAAAGCCACAAUGUUGGGACCAUGGAUGCAAUGGUCGUGAGUUCUCAACAUUCAGCAACCUACUCCGUCAUCAACGAGAGAAAUCGGGGGUGGUUGCAAAGGCAGAAUGCCCGAGCUGCGGUGCUGUUUUUACUCGCACAACAGCCCGCAACAUCCAUGUAGCGCAGGGAAAGUGCAAAAGUGGAAGGGAGUCAUCAACAGAUUGAUAUUGAU